AAUAAAUACGGGUGCAAAGCGCAAUUCAACGAAGCAACUUUACGGUAACGCGGAAAAAUCAAGUUGAUUCGAUUCUCUAACUUGUGUAAAUUCGGAGGCUACUGUUGGCGCCACGCCCCCACCAAACCAAAUAUAAAAAACAAAAAUCAACAAACGGCAAAAAAAGACAUCAAAUUUUUUUUUUGUGAACACCAUUGUGCCUGUGCCUGUGUGCGUUAUUGUUCCUGCCGAGACCAACAAAUUUGUUGCUGUUAUUUAAUUGUGUUGUCAACGCCCCCCGCAAAGGCAGAACGAAGACCAACAAGUGCGCUCACACUCACACAAUUGCAACACCCGACAAUCAAACACACACACACACACACACACACAAAAGGGGGCGAGAGCCAGCAAUUGAAAGUGAAUUGCAGUGAAAAUAGAUCUAAAGUGGAACAGUUUCGGCGCUAGCAAAUUGUUGCACACAAAAAUAACGAAACAGCUGUUCGCCGCCGCACCUGCUGUUGCUGUUACUGUUGUUAUUGUUGCCCGCCUGCGUGGGAGAGCCAACGUUCUGUGGGAGAGGGAGACGGAAGAGAUCAUAAUCUGCAUUUGCAUCUGCCAAUUGGGGAGUAGUGAGUGCGAGCGAGAGAGCUAGAAUCAUGACCGAUCUCAACGAACUGAUGGGUUCGCCGUUUGUGCGUGUGAAGCUGGUGGCCUUUGUACAUUUUUUCUUCAUCUCGAAUGCCAUGCUCGGUAGCUGGGCCCAUGGAUCGUUUGAGUUUUACAAUUUCCUCUUCCUGAUUGCCAUGUUCUGGACGAUGCACAGCAAGGACUCCAUUGAAGCAGUGCAGACGGCGCUUGUCAUCAACGCUUCUAGCAUUUUCUUUGAUCUCGUCAACAUCAUUGUUUAUUUCCAUGGCAUGAAUGGCUGGGCCAUUGCAUUUGCCAUCAUCAACCUGAUCCUGAGGCCAGUGAGCGUGGCCCUGCUCUACCGUGAGUUCAACACACGCGGCGGUACCCUGCAAACGGGCUCGGUAUUCCCCACUAGCCAGCAACGCAGCUACCAGGACAUUGAUAGGCCCACACAGCCAACACCCACCAACUCGCAGCCGGGUCCGAAUGUGGCAAGCAUUUUUUAAAAGGGAAAACCUUCCAAGUACCUAGAGACAACGAUGCGAAGAAUAGAGAGACUCUCCUAGUCAAGUGUCAGCGAAAAAUUUACAGUGAAUCUAAAUUGAAAAUUACAAAAUCUAAGCACACCUUGUUUUUUGGGGGAGACAUUGUUUAAUUUUUUAGAUUUAAGCCUUGUAGUUAAAUAUUUUUUUUUUGUGUGGAAAAAAAAGACAAAGUUUAAUACGAAAAAUGACAAAGAAAUUGGUGUCCGUGUCCGUGCCCCCUUUGUAUUUUUUUUUGUCAACGAUUAAAGACGGCUAACCCAAAAUAUAUAUAUUUAUAUUUAUAUUUAUAUUCGUAUUUGUAUAACAAAGAUUGCAAUUCUACUUUAUAUAUAUAUAUAUAUACUUAUCUAAAUAACGUUAAUGCUAAACUGUAAAACCCAACAGAAUAUUUGACAAAAAUAAAACAGCGGGCGUUUCAUCGUUUGUAAAAAAAUAAA